GAUCUCCUGGAUGGAGAAGACGAGGCUGGGAUUCUCAGUUUCUCGAGGUCCAGUCAGCAAAACUUUGUAAAUGAUCAAGGAGAUGAGGGGUUGAAGGGUAAGAACCGAGCCUCCGAUAGCUCUUCCUCUGCACUAAUUAACAGAAACGCACCUUCUGGCUCUUCACCGCAAAACCAUGGACGUGGCUCUGGGGAAUCCGAUAGACGUGGGGAGGGCAGCAGUUUCAAGAGACCCAGACGAGAAUCUGACGGGAAUUCAGGGGGUACUCCAGAUGGGAGUCCCGACGGAAAUCCAAUUGAGAAUCCGGGUGGAGAUCCGGCUCGAUCCGAGAAAAUACGGUCCUUGGACAGGCAGCAAAUAUGAAAAAUGCCCUGGUUCCCGCAUCACGGAGUUGCGUCGCAUCAAAUACCACUUCAAAGCAGCACACAAAACAGCAUCACUGCAAUGCAAGCGUUGUUUGUGCUUAUUUCAGAACAACACGAUUCUCGAUGAGCACUAUCAAGCACUCGUUGCAUGCAAUCCCCCAAAAGGGGCUUUGAGUCUCAAGGAAGGCAUUGAUGAUAGUCAAUGGGAAGAAAUAGGGGUUGUGCUCUCUAAGAAGCGCCAGAAGCGCAUCGACGACAUUGCCAGAUGGUAUGCGAUUUGGCAAAUUUUAUUCCCGGGGAUUAAAGAGCCUUCAAACCCAUGGAAUGAGCCGCCAGGAUAUGUAGCUCGUCCCGCGUAUAGUGUUGACGCCUUGCUGUCGAAAUUCGAGAGACGGAUUGAAGAGGACAUCAGAAAUGGGACCUUACAACGAGAGGAACGAAUUCAUGAACGUUACUUGCAUCAUCUUCGACAGACCUUAGAAGAAGAUAAAGCUGCUUGCGGAUUAAUUCAGACUCAACGCUGCGGCAAGGAUCGAGAAGGGGAAGUUGAUUGUGCGAACUUUGUUCAACCCUACUCCUCAGGCAUUGACCAUAUGCCCUCAAUCGGUGGGGAUGACCCACAUCUAGCUUUCCCAAACCCAAGCGCCGAGGUUUUUGGUUUGCCGAACGACCCAUUAGCUGAAGAUUUGCAAGAGGAAUUCCAGCCGACGGAUUCAUGGCACUUGUCAAGACUACCACCUGAUUCCAAUAUGAAUAUCUUGACCAUGGGCUUUACAGAUCCUACACAUGCACCGCUCAAUCCGCCCGUAUCGGAUUCAGCUUUUGGUCACCAGAAUAGGCGAUCAAUAUACCUUAAUAUUGAUCCCAACGAAAGUGCUCUAAAUCAAUUCUGCGGAUAUGACAUCGAUUCCGAGGCUGCAAAUUUCUUGAGACUCUCGGCCUCACCUCAACCCGAAGGCGACUGAAAUACGGCCCGUGAAUGUGAUCCUAUACCUGAUCUAGUCGACACUAAUUAUUUUUUGGGGGACGACUUCGUGACAGAACUUCUAUAACCCGAAGACGAGAUGCCGGAAGCGAUGGUAAUAUGAAAGAACAAGCAUUCUAGAAAUGGGUUUCCCAGGCGAACAUGAGUUGGACAUUGUAUAUAUUGUUUGAUUAUCCAUAGCUAUUAACCCCAAAAUUUCCACUUCCAACGCUCAUGGCAUAUCUCUCAGCCCGCUCUAAAAGUAAUCAUAGCAGUUAAGGACGUAUUUAGUCAGGCGGUUUCCGUGAAU